UUAUCAGUUCUUAUAAAGCAUGACCAUAUUCUACUUCACUUAGUCUUACCUGAUACCUAAACUUAAACACUAAUUCAUAAACAGUGAAUUAGCAGUUUAUUGAGGCAAAAGUUGCCCCAAAAGUGAUGCCCAUUUUUGUAAUGUUUAUUUACAAUCAUUUGUAAUAGGCCUUUGUGCUUGUUUUAAAUAAUAUCUGAUGUAUGAUACUAUGUGUUACAAACAGAGGACGUCGGAGACACAGGUAAGGUUUAUGAUGUUUUAUUGAGACAACCAGAGCAGUGAGCAGGUGAGUGAAGCCAGAUACAGUUUGUGAUGAUCGAUGACAGAGAUAGUGAUACUUGGUUUCUUCUAGGAGACGUUGGUGGCGGAUGGUCCUUGGAGCUGAAGACACACAGAGACACUCACGGAAGACAGGAGAACACGGAGGAUCUAGGAAGCACACUGGAGACAGUGCUGCUGAUGGGGGUGGUGAUGAAUAUCAGGUGUGCGUGAUCAGAACUCUGGUGAAGGAGUACGUUGUGAUUGGCUGAUCCUCAAAAAUCUUCCUGCCAGUAUAAAAGAUGUUUGCUAAAGCCACUAAGAACGUGCUCUCUGAGAUCGACACUGAAGGUUCCCUGAUCCCAAUGUCCCGUCUGAAUGACUCGGACGGUCUGAUUCCUCUGUCCCUGGUCAUCAAGCGUAACCGCUACUGGUUUUGGCAGCGGCCCAAGUACCUGCCAUCAGACUUCAAAUUAAAUGAUGUUCUUGUUGGAGAUCCGAUAAAUCCAGUUGUGGUUGAAACAGACUUUUUGACCUAUAAUGGCAAAGUUGUGGAUAACAAAAGUGGAAGUGCUGCAGCAGAAAUUGGGCCGGGGAGUUUUAAUGUAGGGGGGUCUGGCUCCAGCAAACUUCAGUCAUCGUUUGGAAACCUAAAGAAACAGGAGGUGGAUGUCCAGAAGCUCUUACAGGAUUCCAAAUCUAGGGUUCUGGACCUGCAGCACUCUCUGAUCCAGCAGACACGGGAGACGCAGAGGGAGGUGUUGGCGAUAGUGAAGGAACGAAUCUUUACCACUCAGCCCUGCACUGUCACUGAGGAGGUUCAGGAAGGAGGUACCUGCACUGGAAUGUUGGGCUUCAAUAAGACAAUAAAGGUUUCAGUCAAUGACAAAGUAAAGCCUUUUAUUGAGUAUGACACAAAUGUGUCUAUCAACAUCCCCCCCAAAACCACUAUUGCUUACAGCGUGAUUGAACUAGAUGUUGCGCACACUGGACAAUAUGGAUUGUGUCUGCUGCCAAAUAUAAAAGGCGGUUUUGAACUUGACGGGCCAGUGAAGUUGAAGCAAGCUAACUCACUUAGUGCUGCACCAGGGAAAACAACCAUCAAACUGCAGAAAGAUCUUGAAGGAUUCCAAGGGCAGUUUAUGGUUCUCUCUAAACUCCCAUCCAACACGCGCCGCUCAUUAUUUCAGCAGAUCUCUCUGCUCCUGCAGAACAGUGUAGCCAUCAGCUUGCUGGAGGACGCACUAGAGGACCUGUGUAAUGGGAUGCAGCCUGAUCCCAGUGCGUUAGAUGAGGUUCCUGCUCUGAAGGCCACACUGGAGCUUGUACAGAAGGCUGCUGGUUCAAACUCCACUGGACAGCAGAUGAAACCCAGCGCUCUUACUGCCACCUACCUGCUCUUCAGCUCCUUAGAUGAGAUGACUGACUCUGCCCUGUUUGAGCUCAAAUCUUGCUGCAGUUAUGCAACCCUGCAAGCUCUGCUCCAUCUUGUGCAAAAUUUGGCUUCAAAUAAGAAGUCCUCUUCGAAAGAUGCUGCUCUGGCUGUGUUAGCGGAUGAGAAGGGUUUCAAGAAGAUUACAGCACUCUUUGCUUCUUGUAACAUGACCUUGCUUAAGGAGAAGGAUUCACUUGUUACAAAAAUCAGCAACUCACAGGAUCGCCUCCCCCUCAUGCUAUGCAUUGCAAUCAAAGGUUUGGCAUCUCUAGCACCCCCUGUCUGACUGGAGUAAAAAACAAAAAUCAAACCAAAAAAAAAAAAAAACCUGGCACAAGCUAUUAACUUAGAAGGACCAAAGGGCAUUAAAGCCUGCAAGUGGAUGAACUGGGGCCCGUUUCAAUAAGGAGGUUCAACCAAAACUUGAACUCUGAGUUGACUUACCCUGAGAUGGGAAACUCUGAGUUUUCUGUUUCAGAACAGCUGAAUUGAGUUAGUUCAGUCGACUCUAAGUACACUGACUCUGAGUUAAGCGCGUGCACCACGACUAUGAAAGCCAUGAUCAAUGGAGCUCCGAUAUUACGAUUCACCAUGGCAACAGCACCCAACAAAGAGACAAUACAAGUUUAAUUUUUAUCGUUGUUAUAAUAUCAGAGGUGAAAACUGGCAGAACGGUAAGUUAUUGAACUACUAUUCAUUUUCAUGGUAUCCCACAUGCAAAAAAAAAAAAAAGAAGAAAAUAAUAAUUUUGCAAAUUAUGUUCUAUUUACCACGUAGGCUAAAAGUAGCAGUUCUUUGCAAUAAGUGUAAAUAGUAAUUAGAUGCUAUUUUAAAUUUUUAUACUGGCAGAUACAUACUAUUUGCACUUCAGUAUUGUUGUACAUUAACAUUAUGCAAUAAUAACUGAGUGUAAAUGAUUUUAUCAUUAUUGAACACUCGUUCGGCAAUUUACUUCAACUUGUAGAACAUUUUCUUAACUUUUAUUGAAAAUAAAUGCCUUUCUGAUGUGAAAGGAAAAGGGAGAAGAGCGAGCUCGGCAAAAGGCGGAUUUGAACCCGGUCAGCCGCAUCAUAAGUUAUAUCUCCGCGCCCAACGUGUUACUGCCUACACCACUGAAGCCGUUAAUUAACCUUGUGUGACAUUGGUGGGCGGAGCUACAGUGAAUUCGCACUUAGUAGUAGACACUGCAGGAAACAAGACUAAAUAUAUCAUUUUCUUAUAUAGAAAAUCCAUCUUGAUUUGAUAAUUUUUAGAUAUUUGUACUUGAAAAGACAAAAAAUACUCGGUAAGAAAAGCAUUUUUGCAGAGUGAAUGAAUGAAUGAGGUAUUUAAACAUCACUUGCACUUUAAAAAGGGGGAGGAGUCCGAAAAAAAACUCUGGGUUUACCGAAGAAAACCUGCUCGCGACCAGGUUAGGUUCGCAGAGUAAGUUACCAUGGUAACUGACUCUGAGUAUAAGUUACUUCUCUUUCAGAAACGGGUUUGACAUACCUCCCAUUUCAGGUAUGUAGUUUCCCUCAUUUCAGGGUUAACAUACUCAGAGUUUUCACUUAACCUCCUUUCUGAAACAGGCCCCGGCUCUCUGGGAUGACAAAUAAUAAUAAUAAUGGAUUCUUAAGUGGCCUUUCAGCGGUUUUGUGGAUGACAUAGCAAAAACAGCAAUCAUUUUGAAAUUGUCUUUUUGUAAAUUGACCAUUUGUAAUUUCAUUUGUUUGAAUAUUUGUUGUUUUUUAAAGUACUUCUGUAAUAUCAAAUCUUUUAAAGUGGAUAGCCAAUACUGUGAAAUAAUGUACAAUAAAUUCAUGUAUUUGGGCCA